AGAAAAUUAAUAAUUAAUUAUUGAGUUGAAAUGAAUGGAAUGAAAAUGAAUGAGAACGAGGCAAAACGAGUGCGAGAACGCAGUGCAAAUUUUACUGCCGAUGAGAAGAUACUAUUACUUAAUUUGAUAUCCAAACAUAAGUCCGUCAUAGAAUGCAAAAAAACUGACCAAAUUACCUCAAAAGAAAAAGAUUUGGCUUGGGAUAACAUCCAAAACGAGUUUCAAAUGUGUAGUAAGGUGUAUCGAACGAAGGAGAGCAUAAAGAAAUUUUACGAGAAUAAGAAACGAGACACACGGAAAGCAGCAGCUGCAGAUCGUGCGGAAAAAUUCAAAACCGGUGGAGGACAGAUUGAAGAUACUUUAAAAUUCUCUGAUCCUACCCUGGAGUUAACCAUGGCCAUCAUGAAUAAAAAGUCUGUGAGUGGAUUACAUAAUCCAUUUGAUGAUGAUUUAAGCGAAGAAAAUGUUAAUGUUGGAGAUGCCCUUAACCUUAACAAUGAUGAACUACUAUUUGUAUUUGAAGAACAUAAAGAAAUGGCAGAACAAAGCCCACCAUCAACCCCAAAUGAAACUCCUGUUUCAUCAGCACGAAAAAGAAUUCAUGAAAAAGACGACUGGGCAUCUUAUAAAGCUGUAGAUUUAAAGAAGCAAACGAGUUGUAAAUUACGGCAGCCAAAAGCAAAUUGGACAUCUCGUCGUAGACCUGUGGUCACGGAAUCUGGUAACCUGGCACUUCAAUAUGAAAAAUUGGCUGAAGUGAAAGCAGAAAUUGCCAAUGAGCAGUUGACUUCCAUAAAGGAAGAAAAAACUGAACGAGGUUUGAAAUUGGAAAUUUUGAAAUUGGAAAAGGAACAGAAAUUGUUAAAAUUUAAGCAACUUAAAGAAGAAAUAGAAUUGAAAAACCAAUCAUUUCAACUUGAUAUCCAAUCUAAACAGUUGGACAUUGAAAUUAAAAAGCUUCAGCUGGAGUAUUUUUCAAAAAAAGCAACUUAA